AUAAUAUAUAUAUAUAUAUAUUUUUGCAGAGAGAUAGAGUAGAAAUGUCUGAGGUGAGAAGCGGAGCAAAAACUGUGUUAUUAUUUCAGUUCUACCAUUUACACUGAAGCAUUUCUUAUCAAAGCCCUUUUUUGUUUAUUUAAAACACACGUAUGGUCUAUGCUCAGUGGAGGCGCACGCGCAUGCACCGGUGGAGUUGAUGUUCAUAGUCUUGUGUGAAAAUCUGUGCUUGGAGCUGGAGUACAACACUCUUUGUGCUGGUUGAGUGGACAAAUGGCUUAGUAUAUGCUUAAUUUUGAGGCAAAACAGUUGAAUUUCGUUAAGGAAAAAUUGGUUUUUAGUUGCCGGGUUUUUGCUUGUUGAAGAAUCUUGGUGCUGCAAGCUUUGGACUGAAACUUUCUUGCCAGUGUUGGUUCGCGGGUUGUGUGAUACUGAGAUCUGAAGAGGGCUGGAAAGUUUGUUCUUUUUUGAGUUUUUCGACUUGCAAAUUUCUUGAAUACAAUUUCGUUUGGUUCUAAGCGUUCUUUUCUUUCCUUUUUUAGUUGUUGGAGCGUAUUGCUGUGAAUUCUGAGCUUAAGCUAAUAUAGUUUUCAGGGGGUUUAAGCUGAAACGUGGUGGCUAUUUAGUUGAUGGGUUGGCCUGUGAGUUUCUUGAUUGCAUUUUUCUGUAUGUGGGGGCAAUUGGUGAAGAAGAUCAAGAACUGAUGAUGCUGAAACCUUUCUUAGUUUAUAAUAGAAUAGGUUUCGGUUGAACCUUUUUGGUGGGAGUUGCGGCUAAUAUCGCGUCACUAUCUUCAUGUGAAGGCCUAUCUUCUAUAAUUUCUUCAAGAUUCAUAUUCAGCUGGGGGUGAAUUGGUCGGGAAGGGAGCUAUAAAGUCAAGUCACUUCAUGCAUUGAGUUUUUGUUGGGUUAUUCACAGGAUAAAGUGAAGGUGUUACACAACUUCGGGGUAAAAAGGAGGUCGAGAAGCUCAGUUCUUUAUUCAUUGGGAACCAUAGGUUGGGUUUUUUUUUGUUGAUGAAUCAGUUGGGUAUUUUGUAGUAUAUAGGAAGUUUUCUUGCUGCUCCAACCUUUAUCGUUAGAAUCCGCAAAAUGAAACUAUCAUCUGCUGGCUUAAAUCAGCAGUCUCCUGAAGCAGGAGAUAAGGACUGCCUAAAUUCCGAACUUUGGCAUGCCUGUGCGGGUCCUCUUGUUUCUCUACCUUCUAUUGGGAGUCAUGUUGUGUAUUUUCCUCAGGGCCACAGCGAGCAGGUUGCUGCAUCUACAAACAAGGAAGUCGAUGCGCAGAUACCUAAUUACCCAAGCUUACCUCCGCAACUCAUUUGCCAGCUUCACAAUGUGACGAUGCAUGCUGACAUAGAGACAGAUGAGGUUUAUGCUCAAAUGACCUUGCAACCACUGAGCCCACAAGAGCAGAAGGAGGUUUCCUUCCUUCCGGCAGACUUGGGUGCCCCCAGCAAACAGCCAACAAAUUACUUCUGCAAAACUUUGACAGCCAGUGACACCAGUACUCAUGGUGGAUUUUCAGUUCCGCGUCGUGCUGCUGAAAAAGUGUUUCCACCGUUGGACUUCUCCCAGCAACCUCCAGCUCAGGAGUUGAUUGCCAGGGAUCUUCAUAACAAUGAGUGGAAAUUCAGACAUAUUUUUCGUGGUCAGCCAAAGCGGCAUCUUCUUACAACAGGGUGGAGUGUUUUCGUGAGUGCAAAAAGACUUGUUGCUGGUGAUUCUGUCCUAUUUAUAUGGAACGAGAAGAACCAAUUGCUUCUUGGUAUACGACGUGCCAACAGGCCUCAAACUGUCAUGCCUUCAUCAGUUUUAUCUAGUGAUAGCAUGCAUCUGGGUCUUCUUGCUGCUGCUGCUCAUGCUGCCGCAACAAACAGCCGUUUCACGAUUUUUUAUAAUCCCAGGGCCAGUCCAUCUGAGUUUGUCAUACCUCUGGCCAAAUAUGUAAAAGCAGUAUACCACACUCGAGUAUCUGUUGGUAUGCGCUUCCGCAUGCUGUUUGAAACAGAAGAAUCUAGUGUUCGUCGAUACAUGGGCACAAUAACUGGCAUAAGUGACUUGGAUCCUGUUAGGUGGCCAAAUUCACACUGGCGGUCAGUUAAGGUCGGUUGGGACGAAUCUACUGCUGGGGAGAGGCAACCAAGAGUGUCUCUUUGGGAAAUUGAGCCUUUAACGACAUUUCCCAUGUAUCCAUCACCAUUUGCUCUAAGACUGAAGCGACCUUGGCCACCAGGUCUCCCCUCGUUCACUGGGAUUAAGACUACAGAUAUGGGAUUAAAUUCUCCUCUCAUGUGGCUCCGUGGAGAUGUUGUGGACCGAGGAAUGCAAUCUCUCAAUCAAGGAAUGGGAGCCACACCGUGGAUGCAGCCAGGGCUUGACUCAUCAGUGCUUGGCAUGCAAAAUGAUAUUUACCAAGCUAUGGCCGCCGCUGCGGUUCAGGACAUGAGGGUUGUGGACCCUUCCAAACAGAUGCUUUCAUCAAUUAUGCAAUUCCAGCAACCCCAGGCCAUCAGUGGCAGGCCUGCAAGUUUCAUUCAGCCUCAGAUACUACAGCAGUCUCAGCCUUCAGCUCCCUUUCUUCAAAAUCUUCCUGGAAGCCAGUCUCAGGCAUCGCCACAAUCGCAUGCUAACCUUCUUCAGCAGCAACUGGUCCACCAAAAUUCAUUCAACAAUGUGCAGAUCCAGCAUCAGCAUCAGCAGUCUACUCCAAUGCAACAUGUUAUUGGUUCUCAGCAUGUCUCGACUGUUGAGCCUAUUCUGUCUCAAUUCUCUGCAAAUUCGCAAGCACAGUCUGAGAGCAUGCAGUCCGUAUCUUCCAUGAGUCAAAACUUUUCAGAUUCAAAUGUCAAACCUGUUGCUGGCAACAUUACUUCUCCUUUACACAGUUUGUUGGGUUCAGUUACCCAGGACGAGACAUCCAACCAUCUAAAUAUGCCUAGAUCCAGUAACUUAUUAUCUUCUAAUGGCUGGCCAACGAAGCGGGUUGCUCUUGACCCUCUUAUUUCUGGCGGUAUAUCACAGGCUAUUACACCCCAGAUUGAUCAGUUAGGACCAUCAAACACGAAUGUAACCCCCAACCCUGUUUCUUUGCCUCCAUUUCCUGGUAGAGAGUGUUUGAUAGAGCAAGAAGCAAGUAAUGAUCCCCAAAACCACUUUCUCUUUGGGGUUAAUAUAGAUUCAUCCCCCCUUCUUAUGCAGAAUGGUAUUCCAAACCUUAAAGCAGUUGGUAGUGAUAGUGAUAACGCAACUGUAGUCUUUGCCUCUUCCAGCUUCAUGAGUAGCUCUGGUGCUGAUUAUUCACUCAACCCUACUGUGACUUCAAGCAGUUGUCUCGACGAAUCGGGCUUUCUGCUGUCUUCCGAUAAUGUGGGACAUGUAAAUCCACCCAACAGAACCUUCGUUAAGGUUUACAAAUCAGGGUCCUUUGGGAGGUCACUUGAUAUAAGCAAGUUUAGCAGCUACCAUGAGCUGCGUAGUGAGCUUGCUCAGAUGUUUGGCCUUGAAGGCCAAUUGGAAGACCCCUUGAGAUCAGGCUGGCAGCUUGUAUUUGUGGACCGAGAAAAUGAUGUUCUUCUUCUCGGCGAUGACCCCUGGCCGGAGUUUGUAAACAGCGUGUGGUGCAUCAAGAUUCUCUCGCCUCAAGAGGUUCAGGAGAUGGGAAAACGAGGGCUGGAGCUUCUCAACUCUGUUCCUAUUCAGAAACUGCCCCUCCCAAAUGGCACUUGUGAUGGCUUUGCGAACCGACAGGAGGCCAGAAAUAUGUCUGCUGGCAUACCUUCUGUUGGGACUCUUGAUUUCUGAACCAGUUUUACCAAUUAUGUCUCUGCUUGUAAUGUUAGCAUCAUCUCCAACUCUGUUAGGCAAGAAAACUAUGUUUCUAACUCAAGCUAUAUAUAGAAGCUACAUAUACUACUGUAAUUAUGGUAGCAUAUACUCUUUCUCUCUACCAGUAUGCUAGGGGCUACUAUAUCUGUGAAAUAGUUGUAGUUUUUAUUCUCAAUCUGUUUAAAUCUAUUGAAAUUCUGAACAUUGAACUGUUAUGUUCAUUUCAACCCAAAAA